AUGCUCGUCGUAGAGCCAACGGUGCCGGAUUUGGACGAAUCUCAGUUGUUAAGAGUUCCGGUUUGCGAUGAGAAUGAGCUACUCGACAAGAUGACCUAUAGAAAUGGGUGGAAAUUCUGAGAAUUAUUAUGAAACUUUAGAUUUUUAUAUUUAGAACCCGAGAAAUCAACCCGGAACAGUGGAUAGCAUGGGCCAGCGAGUGCAAAUACUUGCCCGAAGGCGAUGUCAUCGCCAUGUGCUCAAUGUAAGUUUCAUGGAACAUUCAGAAGGGUUUUAAAGGAGCAUGGAUAAGUUCCAUAAAGGUCUUGACGCGAAGGAGCGAUUUUCAGCCAUAAUUUAAGAGUUUUGCACAUUUUCCUAAACGAGUUCUACUAAGAAAAGUUUCAAAAUCGCAAAAUUCUUCCCAAAAAAUCGCAAUAACAUAGGCAAAGUCGGAAGGACCCUUUACAGACCCUUUGAGCGUCCAUUAUGGAUUAUUCAGUUUCCAUUAAUUGUUCCUAAACGGUUUCUUUUUACUGCCUUUUCCGUCCUUUCAUCGGCCUUUAUAUACCCGUUUUGGAACCUUUUGAAAAACACAAAAUUUGUCAAAUUGAAAAUAAUCUUCACCAAUAGCUGUAUGAAAUAAAAUGUUCUACAGUAAUAAUAUCGGAAAUUAUCAAUGGCCGAGGCUUUCAGGACUCUUUUUGCACUUUUUCUUCACCCUUUGUUGAGGCUUUUUAACCGCACCAAGAAUGAAAGGUCCGAUAAAAAACGGAACCCUUUUAGAGACAAUUUUGCAGUCACUCCCUCUUUUGCACCCGUUUUCCGCACUUCCGACUUUGACAGUUAGCACUAAGCUUCAAAUUUCGUCAUUUCCCAAAAAACCCACCUUGGGUCGAACUUGUCUUUUUUAUUAUUCCCGUCAUUUUUCUUUUUUGAUUUUUGAAAGCCUCAAAAAUUUGUUAUGAAUUGCAAUCAUCAUAAAAAAUUGGAGUUUUUCAUGGAAGUUUCAGUUUUGAAGUAAUUUUUUCCAGACUGAUCGACCGCCUCUCCUUGCUGCCGAAUAUUGUCCCCGUCGAAACGCCAGUCACAAUUUGCGGCGACAUCCACGGACAGUUCUACGACCUUUUAGAAUUAUUCAAGACAGGUUUGAAAUCCGAGAUUUUCACGAAAUCACUCAAAUUUUGGUUCAUUUCAUGUUUUCGGGCCGCACCCCGGGGUGGGAUCCAGCCGAAGUAUGCAUUUUAGGGAAAUUUGGAAAAUGGCAAGGAAAUGAUGGUUUUCUGUGCGAUAAUUUAAAGCUAUCAAGUUGAAAUAUAUCAUUCUUUUAUACAGGGUGAGUACUAAUUAUUCAAACACGUUUGAACUAGCGCAACUCCGAGGAAAAGUGAAUGAUCCGUACCAAAACUUUUCAUUGGCAAUUCUGGCAUGUACAUUCCGAAAUUCAUGAAACUAUUCCAAUUCCUAUCUUCAUUCAGCUCUGCUCUGGCUCGAAAAGUGUGUAGGACCCAAGCCCCAACGGCACGCGGUCAUUUUUCGAUGUUUAUAACUGGUAAAAAGUUAUCUGAACGUUCAUGUUCAAAUAAAUACACAAAAACUAAACUUUGGGUUUUUCGCAAUAUUUCUUAGAAAUUUCCAUCAAUGAGCGUUAACAAAAAUGAUAGGAGCACUCCCCGAAAAGAGCUAACAAAACCGUUUUUUCAUUUUCAAAAUCAUGCAAAACGGAAUUUUAUCUCUGCUCGAACUUCAUUUUUUUCUAAUUCAGUGUAGGACUACAUUGUACAAAAGCCCAAAGUCUCAGCUUUGAAAAAUAUAUAAUUGGGUCAAGGUUAGGCUGUUUUUAUUUGAGAGGGGGGCUGUAAUAUGCGAUUAAUCGUUGAUCUUAGACUUUUUCGCAUAUUUUGCAGUUCUAAAAAGAAAGUAAAUCUAGAGUAGCCUGAAACACAUUUAGAAUAAAGAGUAACGCUAGUAGUAUAAGACAAAAAUAAUUUGGGUUCCUAGAGUUGGCUCCCUUCUAAGAAAAAAAAUUGCCGUUGUUAGAGAUGAUGGUUAGCCGCGUGCCAAAAACCUGAUUUUUGGGCAACCGAUUGGUAGGUUCCAAUUUAUCAUGAUUUGAUCAAAAAACAAGAUAUUAGAAAAAUGUUAAGACUUCAAGUUCACGAAGGCGUAUAGACUCUAAAAAAUUAUGAGUGAGUUUUAUUUAUCAAGUAUGAUGGGUACGCCAGUCCUGAAACCGUUGUUUCAAUAUUUAGUGCUCACCCUGUAGUUACAGUAAAAUAAGCUUAUUUUUUGGUACAUUGAUUAUAUGUUUGUUAAGGAGGACCGAUGCCAAGCACAAAAUACGUUUUUAUGGGCGAUUAUGUCGACCGAGGCCACUACAGCUUGGAAACCGCCACGCUUCUUUUCGCCCUAUUGCUAAAGUGAUUAUAUAUUUUUUGCAUUUGUGAAUUAUCGUUUUCACCUUCUUUAAAUACGGGCAAAAUCCAAAAGGUCUCAAAAUGGACUUUCGAAUAAAAGGCCCCAAAGGCGCCUUUUUUAGACCUUUUUCUGAAAAGGACCUUCUAAGGAGGUAAAAACGUAGAAGGCGGAAAAAGGAGAUUCUGAGAAACUUUCUAAGAAUCCGACGAUUUAUUGCUUUUCUUGGCGAUAUAUAUUUUAACUGUGUUACUUAUAUUUUCCAGAUACCCCGACCAAAUCACCUUGUUACGAGGAAACCACGAGUCAAGAAGAAUUUCCAAUGUUUAUGGUUUUUAUGAAGAAUGCUCACAGAAGUACGGCCAUGGCAACGUUUAUAAGUGGUUCUGUAAGGUAAAAAUUGAUUUUUUUAAAAAGAAAUAGUUGAAAAUUCUCUGGUUUAAUCGAUUUUAAAGAGAGUUAUGGUGUUAGGAAUCAAAUUUUCGUAAAGUUUGUCGAUUUUCAAGGGCUAAAAAUGUUAUACAAACUCUUUUUUGGCAAUAUUUUGCGGGUCCAAAAAUCAAUUUCAUUCGUAACUUCAUAGGAAUCAAGUCUUAGUUUUUUUUUUCUUGGAAAUUAAGAAAAACUUUCGGUUAGUAAUGAUUUUUGAGCCAAAAAAAUUGUAAAUUUCGAUAUAUCAAUUGCCCAAAAAAAUUAUUUUUUUCUUAAUACUCGUCCGAACGGCUUGAAACCAGAUCAUAGAAAUACGCUAACAGUUGAAUGAUUCAUGUUUUGGAGUGUUGACACCUAGCUUAAUAUACUUUCAAAAGCCCUCAAAACAAUAUAAUAGUCCUAUCUAAUUUUUAUCUCAUCUUUAAAAGUCACUUCACAUCGAAAGUUACCCGCGGGGGAGUACGUACUUUUUCAAGGGGGGUACGUGAUGACGUCACAAAACGUUUUUGGUUAGCCCAUGUAUGUACGAAGAUCAGCGAAAUUUCCAACGGCUUUUUUUCUGUUUUAUUUUAAAAAUAAGUUAUUCACAAAAUUUACUUCAUCAUGAUCCCACUAUAUGAUAAAUAUGAUAAAAAAAGAUUGGAAAUACUUUGAAAAUAACAUGGAAGUUAUGACAUAAAAAUAGUAGGAAAGUUCUCUGAAGAUUUUUAAAAUUGGGUUUUUUGAAAAGAUUGAAAAUAAUUCAAUUAAAGUUUUUAAAUUUUAAAAAUUUUAUUAUUAUUUUCUAUUACUGUAGGUAUUCGACGUUCUGCCGAUAGGAGCCCUGAUCGACGACAAAACUCUAUGCGUGCACGGAGGCCUGUCGCCUGACGUCCUGACCAUCGACAGCAUGUUGACUCUGGACCGCGCCAUGGAAGUCCCGAGCAAGGUUUGGGAAAGUUCUUCGUUAGAAAUGUUCAAAGCGCAGACGGUUUUGAAAAGCGGUCGUUUGUUCGUUCAACCUUUAUUCAUCUUUUUUGUGUUACUCCUAAGCUUUUUGUAGUUUGAUGUUGUUGAUAAAGGUACUAGAGUGUCAUGAAAAUAUCAAAAAUGCGCUCUUGAUUGUUUUCAAGGCGCAGACGCUUUUAAAACGCGGUCAUUAGAUUUUUCAGUCUUCCAUCUUUUUUUUCAAAUUCUGCCCUUCUUUUAGUUUGAUACUGUUAAUGAAGGUACUGGAAUAUUAUGAAAUUAUCAAAAAUGCAUUUUUGAAUAUUUUCAAGGCGCAGACGGUUUUAAACCGCGGUCAUUUGUUUAUUCAGUCUUUAUCCAUCAUUUUGUUUUUAAAUAUUACGCUUCUUCAAGUUUGAUGUUGUUGAUGAAGGCACUGGAAUAUGAGGAAAGUAUCAAAAAAUGAACUUCUGAACAUUUUCAAAGCGCAGAGGGUUUUAAAAACGCAGCCAUAAGAUUACUCAGCCUUUAUCCAUUUUUUUUAGUUGCGGUUGUCGAAAAAUUAAGCUUACUUCUUGAGGAGUAUGACCAAAACUCCAUUUUAAGUCGAUUUUACAAGCUUCAGAGCCCUCGAAAUCGGCAGAAACUAUCGCAGGAAGCGAACCAGAAGCCUCUAGUUCCAGGAAGAAAAAAAACCAACCGUUUUCCAUUUUUGCAUUUUUCGAAACAGCGCUGAUCUAGUUAGUUUACGAGAAGAUACAUUUGAAAGAUAGUUCAUUUUCUCCCCAAAUAAGAAUUGAACUAUAAUUGACGGCUGUUCUUUAUUGAUUUUCUCAGGAAGAACCUUCAGGGACCACUUUGCGACAUAAUGUGGUCGGAUCCGGAUGAUGACAUUGAAGAGUGGCUGAUGAGCCAAAGAGGCGCUGGAUGGGUAAUUUUUAAUUCAGAAAAAAUGAAUGAAAAUUGAUAUUGUUGAAGAUUUUCGGAGCCAAAGUGACGGCGGAGUUCCUGCACACGAACGCCUUGAACAUGAUUUGCAGAUCGCAUCAAUUGGUCGACGAGGGAUUCAAAUAUAUGUUCGACGAACAGCUUUGUACUGUUUGGUCGGGUCGGUUUUUUGGAUGAUUUUUAAUUUUUAGUAGAGGAUAAAUCCCGAAAAUCUCUCGAAUUUUUGAAAAAAUAAGCUUUUCUCCCAAAUUCAUUCCGUGAAUAAUUUCAUGGUUUUUUUUUCUCCGAGCUACAGAAACCUUUCGGAAAUCUUCUCUUCGAUACGCCUUUAAUAAAACGGAAUGUAUAGGCUAAUGUAAAGGGGUAUGCAGAGAGCCAGGCAGCACACAUCGAAGGGAAGGGUUCUUUACUUUGAAAAAAUUAACAAGUUUAUACGGGCCGGGCUAUGAAGUAUUGCCUUGAAUAAUGUUUGAAAAAAGUUUUUGAUUGAUUAUUUUUAUUCAUGGUCUAACUGGUAAGUAAAGGAAAUUGUAAUAUUGUGUUGAAAAAUUCAACGUGAAAACGGUAAACUUAAUUCUGGAAUAGGCAAAAAAAAUCAUUUUAAAUCAAUGAGGAAUAUAGUCAAUGUUUCCCGACUUGAACAGCGAAGGAGGCGGGGCAAGAGGCGGGACGCGUAGCGUGUGCGCACGCGGUUCUUGGCACGAGUUCAAUUCAAUUGGCGCCGACUACUUAAAAAGCUCGGCAACCGCUCUUUUCCAAUGUUUUCUACAAUUUUUGAUGCACACAUGAACGUAAUCAAUAAAUAAUUGAAAACGGAAUGAAAAAAAAAGAGCGAAAAACGGGUUUUUUCAAAGAAUAGAUGGCGGUUGAAUUGAACUCGUGCCGAGAACCGCGUACGCACACGCUGCGCGUCCCGCCCCGCCUCCCUCGCCUUUCAAGUCGGGAAACAUUGACUAUAAAAGGCGAAAUUUUAGAAAAAACCUUCAGUUUUUGGAAAUUUCGUAUCUGUAGGACAUUAGAAGAAAGGGGAGGAAAAAGUGAGACUUUCGAGAAAACUGUAAAAUUUGCGAAUUUGAUCAAGAACCCGUUUUCUAUAAUAUAGUAAGAUUUCGAAUUUCGCUCAGGUUCCGCCCAUAAUUGCGCAAAACCCAAUCAGAGAGCGAGCCUCACACAGAGUGUAUACUUGGCAUUCAAAACCUGAACAGACUAUAUCUUUUAAUUCCUUUUUUCAAAAAGUGUCUAUUAUUGGAGUUUGCAGCCCCCAACUACUGCUACCGGUGCGGUAACGCGGCGGCGGUCCUGGAAAUCCGGGAAAACGACGAAAGGACCGUGAAAUAUUUCAACGCCGUCCCCGACACCAAUCGCGAGGUCCCGGCUCGCGUCGUCGCCCCAUAUUUUUCUGUAAAAAAAUCGAGAAAAAAAGAUAAUGAUAAUAAUGAUAAUGGUGGAGAAAAAACAUUCCUACAGAUCUCCUCCCCGAUUUUUUCCCAUUUUGCAUAAUAAUUGAUGCGAAAAUAUGAAAAGACGCAAAAAAGAAAACGCCAAGUAGUUGAUUCAUUGCUGUUGUGAAAAAAAAUAUGACGGUUUAAAAAUUUUUUAGCGCUGUGAUUAAAGGUACUGGAAAGUUGAGAAGUGAUAAAAAAGGGUAUUAAAACAUUUUCAAAGCGCAGACGGUUUUAAAAUGCGGUCAUUUAUUUAUUCAGCCUAAAUCUAUCAAUUUUGUGUUGGUCAUGUUGAAAAAUUAAGCUCAAGGCUCUUACUUCUUGGGAAAAAUGACCAAAACUUUGUUUUAUUCAAUUUUUCAAGCACCAAAGCCCCUGAAAAUGGCAAAAACUCUAGCAGGAAUCGAACUAGAGACCUCUAGAUCGACAAAAAAUCCUUUCUCUGCGACAUAUUUUUUUAAAAAGCCGCUGAUUCAAUGGAUUUAACAUUUUUUGACAUUUUUUCGUUAAUUUCAUUGAAUCAGCGACAAAAAAGCUAUAUAGAAAGAAUUUUUUCGUGGAUCUAGAGGUUUCUAGUUCGAUCCCUGCUAGGGUUUUUUGCCAUUUUUGAAGGCUUUGGUGCUUGAAAAAUAUAAUUAAACCAAUCUUUUGGUCACUUUUUCCCAAGAAAUAAGAACCCAAAGCUCAAUUUUUCAACAUGAUCAACACAAAAAUUGAUAGAUUUUGGCUGGAUAAAUAAAUGACCGCAUUUUAAAACCGUCUGCGCCUUGAAAAUGCUCGAAUGCCCUUUUUUAUUACUUUUCAAACAUUCCAGUAACUUUUUUUUUGCAGCAAAAUUGGAAGAAGCUUAGGAUUCAACGAAAAAUUGAUAAAUAAGGUCUGGGAAUAAAGAAUGGCCGCAUUUUAAAACCGUUCGCACCUUUCAAAUAUCUUGAAAAACCAUUUGAAAUACGGCUAUAACCUUUCAGUACCUUGCUUAAUAGAAAAAAACUGGAAGAAGCUUAGGAUUCAACGAAAAAUUGAUAAAUAAGGACUGGAAAAAAAUAAUGACCGUGUUUUAAAACCGUCCGCACCCUCCAAAUAUCUUGAAAAACCAUCUUAAAGACGGCUUUAACCUCUCAGUACCUUCCUUAACUGCAAAAAACUGGAAGAAGCUUAAGAUUCAACGAAAAAAUUGAUAAAUGGGCUUGAAAAAAGAAUGAUCGCAUUUCAAAACCGUCUGCGCCUUGAAAAUGUCCGAAUGCCCUUUUUGUAAAAUUUGCAGUACCUUUUUCUCACAGAAAAGUUGGAAGAAGCUCAGGAGUUAACGAAAAAAUUGAUAAAUAUGGACUGGAACAAAGAAUGA